UUUUAGCACACGUAACUCCAUGUAAACAUACUGGCUGAAGUCGACGAAUGUUAUAAAUUAAACUCUACAAAUUAAGUACAAAAUGGAAGGUUUCGAUGAAAGUAUUGGAGGGAAAUGGAAACUGCUCAGGAACGAGAAUUUUGAUGAGUAUCUAAGUCUAAUGGGAAUCGGUUUCCUGAAAAGGAAAAUAGCAUGUGCGUUCACGACUGUCAUGGAGUUAACUAAACUGGACGAUAAGAGGGUCCGUAUUGUCAGUGAUGGACCCAAACAUUCGGAUUCUGUGGUAAUUUUAGGGGACGAAGUUGAGGAGGUCGAUCCUUUUGAUAAUAAAAUUAAGGUUAAAGUGAAUUGGAAUCCAGAAACUAGAGUACUCAGAACAGAGUCAUAUCCCAUUGACGAUUCCAAAGCUAAGAAGGCGUUUGUAGAAAGGAAAAUAGACCAAGAAACUAAAGAAUUGAUAAUGGAAGUGACGCUACCGGACGAAAAAGGUGGAUUUGUGUGCAGAAGAAUUUUCAAAAAAGUUGAAUAACACCGGUUACAUGUAUAAGAUAGAUCGUACAUGAGAGUCAUGCUACAAAUAACUGAGAAAAUAGAUCUAGUCCGAGAUGUUGACAGUUUAUGUGUGUAUAUUUACGAUAUAUUUUGACUUUUAUGUAAUCUCAAGGAAAUUGCAUCUGUGAUAUUUUAUCAACGAGUUCGUAUCCAGGGUUAAUGAUGCAUAUAAUUUAGUUUGCAUAAAAUAAAUCCGCAUAUCGCAAUGUGUUUUUUUGGAUAAUAAAAUCCGCAUAUAUAUUGCAAUGUUUUUAUCGAAAUAAAUCUGAAUUUUGCAAUAUUUUCUGAUAAAAUUAAUCCUCACAUUCAAGUAUUGAUUUAUUUUUCUUUGUUAAGUUUUUUGUUAAUGUUUUUUACAUAAUUAUAGGGGGCGGGGUGUAUUUUUCUUUCUUCUAUAUAUGAGGGAAGUAUUUUCAUAAUCGAAUUUUCUUUUAAAAGAAUACUUAAUUUUAAGGCAUUUGUGUCGACAGAUUUAUUUUGAAUCUAUAAACAAGGUUGCACGAUCAUAUUUGAAAUUAAUUAAACAAAUAGUCAUUGUUUUGUGAUUGCAUACAUAAUUGUUUUACAUUUAUUUUGUAGUGUAGAUUAUAUCUUACUAUAAAAUUAUAAUGCAAUAUACAUAUAUGGUAAUUUAAAGCCAAACAUUGUCACAUUCUUCAAUACUUUUUUUGCAAUACUUGGCAAUAUUGACUAUUGUAGUACAAUUAGAUCAAACGAAUUUUACCAUUUCUUAAAUUUGAUAUUUUUCAGUCAUGUAUAUCAAUUAAAUAGAGAAAAACGCAUACUUUAAUACUUGUAGCAUAAGGAUAAUCGUUUAGAAAUGACCAUAUUAUAUGUUAUUUGGGUUUUGGAGUGAUAUUUAUGGAUAUAUUACCUGCCAAGGUUUUAUAUUUUAUCUAGGUAUUAUCGAGUUAUUUCAUUACCGAAGUCUGACGGAAAGAGCCGAAAAAUUAUUACUUUUAAGAGUUUAAAGAAAGAUUGACUUCGAUAGCAGUUGUUUAAAUCUUAAUAAACGACCUUUGUUUGUUGUCCAAUGAAUACAUCUGAACACCAUGUAGUCUUAGUGAUCUAGCUUGUAUCACAGUUCCCCAGGAAGUAGUAUAAGUCUAUUCAAUGAAUAAGAAAUCUAUAUCUGAUAUAAAAGUGUUUCAUUACUUACUGGUUUUAACAUAUUUGCACUUUUGACGUUACAGAAUGGGACGUAACUCGAAUGGAUUAACCUUGUAACAAUUUGAGUUAUGUCUCUUCAUUCAAUGUUGUGAAGAAAAUAAACCAUAUAGAAAACGUGUAGACUUAAUCAUAUGCAAUUUUAAAUAAAGUGAUAUACAUUAAAA